AAAUUACCAUCACAAUAGAAUUAAAACUGUUACCAAAUAAAAACUGUAACCAGCUUAGUGGAUUUUGAGGCAAGUCGUGCUUACAAAUUAUCAGGAGAAGGUUAUGCUACUGUAAUUAAUUUGAUUUGGGUGUCUCAUUUUGAACCUAAUUGAGCUAAAAAAAUAGGCCCAUCCGACCUAACAACAAACCCCAUGGCUCAUUAGUAAAGCUUAACUGACCUGAGCUUCACUUUUCUGUUAUUUUUCGGUUGCCUUCCCUACUUGCCGUCCCUGCUGCUGGGAAACCACUGCCGGUGUUUUCACUUCAAAGAAACGAAGAAGGUUGAAGAAAUAAAAAUGGAGGCGAAUCGGACGAACACGGUAGAAGAGGAAGCAAAUUGUUCAAUCCCAAAGGGUGGCCCCAUUUAUAUUUCCAAUCUCAUUAGUCCUCUCACCAGCGUGCCUGAGUUUCAAAACUCAGUUCUUCGACAACUCCAGGAAUUAGAGGCUGAAUUGGAUUCACCUCAACUUGCUGAGUCUGAGGAUAUUUGUGUUGACGACCUUAAAAUUCUCAAGGAGGAAGAGUUAGUAGAAAUGGCUCUCAAGGAAGCUUUUAAGGAGGAUGAGCAUGUUGAAAAUGCUUCUGAAGGUUUAGAAAACGGCUCCAAUUCAGGUUAUCAUACAAGAUCCAGAAAGGAACAUGCAGUAGAGACUGCUUCAACUUCAAUCGAGCCCUCAAAUGGGUGUCCUAGUACUGAUUUAGAUGGAGCUGCGACAGAUAGGAAGAAUGGCUCAAAGAAGCAAAAGAGAAGGAGAAUGAAUGACCGUCAUGUUGAAGAUGCAUAUAUCAAAAAGGUUGACGAACUUGCAAAGAUUAAACAAAAGCAGGAUGAAGACAAAGCAACAGCAAAGCUACAUGCUUUGAAUGCCAUCUCCAAGAUCUCUGAAGGUUCCAUUCCAUCGUCUGAUAAAAUUGAAAGGAUGAAAUCUCUCCGGUUUACGAGUUCUAGUGGAAAGGCAAAGUCGGCAGAUGUCAAGGAGCACAUACCAGUGUUAUACCCUGAAACUAUUCUAUGUGUUGAGGUCUACCAUAACAUACGAAAAUGGUCAAAGGUCCAAGAGUUCUUGGUUCUUGGCCGUCAAACCUUAACCGAAAUUAAGGACAAGAUAUGUUGCUUGACUGACCAGGUGAUGCAGAAGGCUGGCCGUUAUGAUCCUUCUGGAUAUUUCCUUAUAGAAGACAUAUUUUUUAAUGACUUGAGAGAUCCCUGUGCUGUAGAUUACAGUGAGCCUAUUUUUGAUUGGCUUAGAAACUCUCCAGAUGAUGCUAUGAAAAAAUGGGAAAGCAUCAUAACUGGUGAGUUGCAACAAAAGCAAAGAUCAGUUUUAGGCAGUGUGACACCUUCAAGAUUGCCUCACUUCAAAGCCGCGGACAUGCACAAGACUCGGUUUUGUGACUUUAGGUUUCAACUUGGUGCCAGAUAUCUCUAUUGUCAUCAGGGUGACUGCAAGCACACAAUCGUGAUUAGGGACAUGAGGUCGAUUCAUCCAGAUGAUGUACAAAACCGAGCAGCUUAUCCAAUAAUGAUCUUUCAACUAAAACCCCGAGUUCAGAAAUGCAGUGUUUGUAAAAUUACGAGAGCCUCGAAGGUGACCUUAGAUGAUAAGUGGGCAAGGGAGAACCCUUGUUAUUUCUGUGAUUAUUGCUAUUCUCUUCUUCAUUCAAAGGACGAGUCCCCUCUAUAUGGUGAAUUUUCUGUAUUUGAUUACUUACAUGAGUAGAUGCUAAAUGUUCAUUCUAAGGAUUCUUCUAUUAAUUCAUUGGUGGAAUGAAUACCCAGAACCAAGUAAA